AUGGAAAGGUUAUACCAAUUUCCGUCGCGAGAUCGAUCACAUCCUGAUCCGAUGCGCACCAACUCGGAAACUGGGGGCUCUUUUGUAACCGCAAAACCUUCUUCCAGCCACGAACCCAAUGGCUUUGUGGACCAAUGGUCCAAUCUGCCGUACCCCGAGGUCAAUUCAACCGCCCCAGACUAUGAUAUGGGUGACGAGCCUGGGUUCAGGGGUGCGGAGAAUGGGUUUUAUGGAGCCACAGACAUGGGCGAUGGCACGGCAAUGGAUGAAGAUCGAGUCAAUGCCACGCCACAUUCACAGUACAUGCAAGACUUUGACCUACCUAUGGAAAAUCACGUUAAAGUUCCCGGAGCAUUCUAUGAUGAAGUAAUAGAAGACCUGUUUGUGCCAGCAGGCAAAACGCUUCACGGUGGGUUUCUUCCAUCAAAGUUUUCUCAGCCUGUGUUUCCCUCCCAGUCAUCAGUUCUUGCGCUGGCACCGGCCCAGGAUGGUCCAUCUCCAAUGCACUUGAGUAGCCCCGAAGGUAACCCACAGCUGUUCACAGCUCUCCAGGGACUCUCCUUAGACGUAAACCAAAACCAACCCAAUGAAGGUAUCACCCAAAAUAGCUCGAAUAGCAACAUGUCUGGUUGUGAUAAUGGACCGAGUCCGCUGCAUCAGUCGAUAGACAGCUACACUGGGACCACUUUGGGAGCCUUCGUCAACGGACCCAGUGGGAACUACAAUGACGGCACAUAUAUGAACGAAUUGAGUCCGUUUACCACAAACAAUUCGCUUACUCCAUCGGCUGGCUCGAUUCAUUCGACUCAACCGUCAUUUUUUUCGGCUCACCAAUUCUUGAAUGCCAAUUCUGUCGAUCAGGGGCCUCCUAGUGCAAUGCAUAGACCCUCUUUGGACUUAUAUUCAUUGCGUCCAUCACUUGACAGUCAACAGUCAACUCCAUUGAGUCGGCGGGAAAGUGGCCAAAAUGGACGCUAUAGUAGCUUCACCAACUCCAUUUCCAACUAUAUCCCGUUCAUGAAUGAUCGCCAACGACCUUCGGAUGCGCUGUCCAAAAUAACCACACCACCAUCGCCCUCUUCGCCAGCCCCACAAAAAUUCACGGCAGCAAAAUCUUCAUAUCAAGACCAGCAAUCGCGCCAUCUUAUUCGAAGCAUUUUCAAAUCCAACGGUCCUUCUAUUGUAAAUACAAAUCAAGAUGGUGAUACAUCUACCGGAGACCUUGACGAGAAUUCCAAUAAUGACAACAUAAAUGAGUUUUUGAUCAUGAGUCCCAAAGAUGAAGUUGCGGAAAUGGAUUUCUCCGACAAGAAACUGAAGAGGUCGAAGAGGAGUAUAUUUACCCGCUUCAAGACGCCAACCAAGAACGAAACGGUCGAUCCUGGAGCCAUUUGGCCCGACCAAGAAAUGAAGAACGGCGAAGUUAAACCAGAUCCGGAUGCAAGCGACAUGGAUACGGAAGCAAAGCAAAUGUUCAGGGAUGGCUAUUACGACUUUAUGCCUCCAACAAUGGAACAAGCACCUCUGGAGGAAAGUAUUCCCCCUAUGUAUGUGCAACGAGAACCCAACUACGCUGCCUUGUUUCAAAAUGUUGGUAAACGAAGAGUAACCAAAACCAAGGCGAAACAAUCGAAGGUAAAGCAGGAACAAGUAUCUGAGGGUGAAAGUGGAUUCAACAGUCUCAAUUCGAUGGAAAGUAAAAUUAAGCGUGAACCAUCACUAGAUCUGGGAGAGCUACUUGCUGCAAAAAACUCAAACAAUCCAGACAACAGCAAUUUAAGCAUUGGGUCUGACCGUCUACUGCUGGCCAGUGAAAUUUCCAGGUCAUCUCACGAUACUCAAGACUCCGAAGUACAUAGUACGGGGAUAGCAAACGCUUCUAAACGCAUUUUGGGACUCAAGCUCAUGUCCAAGCGAAAGACCAAUGUUCGUCGCCAGACACCAGACCUCAAAGAUACAAACGUUGAAAUUGACUUCAAAGAUUUGAAUCUUCCGGAUGAUACUGAAGUUAUUUCAGGUGAGUCUAAAUACCGGAUAAGGGGACGCAAGGAAAACAAGGAAGCGGAUCUUGUUGACGAAUCCAAGAUAUUUGUGUGCAGCUACUGCUCACGAAGAUUCAAGCGCCAAGAACAUCUCAAGCGACACUUUAGAUCGCUUCACACACAAGAAAAGCCAUAUGACUGCGAAAUAUGCCACAAGAAGUUUAGUAGAAGUGACAAUCUCAAUCAGCAUCUCAAAAUCCACAAGUUGGAGGCAAUUGAGAACGACGGCGAAGAAGAAAGUACAAACGAUUAA